UCGCCACCACACCCGAAUUUACUGAGUUCCCCAGAGUCUUGGGAUUAUUUGAAGGAAGAUAGUUCCAUGGACAAAAAAAUUGAUACAAAAGCCGCGAAAAUACUGAAUCCAUGGACAGCAUACUCGCGACUAUGGAAUAAGAUAUUCCUGGCUUCAUGUGUGAUUGGAGUUUCGAUCGAUCCAUUGUUCCUCUACAUUCCAAUUGUGAACGAUGACCGAAAAUGUCUCGACAGAGAUCACAAUAUUAUGAUCAUAUCUCUUGUUUUACGAUCUAUUACCGAUUUCUCUUAUGUAUUACAUAUCAUCUUUCGGUUUAAAAUGGCACUAGAUAUGUCCAAGGAACUUAGUCAAUCCAUCUUCACAAAGUUUCCUUGGUCUUAUCUUUUGAUAGAUGUUUUAGCCAUUCUUCCUCUCCCUCAGGUGGUGGUUUUAGUGUACUUCUCCAAGAUUACAGGAUCAAGUUCUUUGACAGCAAGAAAGUUCAUCAACAUACUACUUCUUCUCCAAUACGUGCCUCGGAUUCUUCGUGUGUACUUCUCAGCCAAAGAUCUAGGAAGGGCUUUUGACUCACUCACACGACGUCUAUGGGUCAGAGGUGCCUUCUUUUUCUUCCUCUAUGUUAUUUCUGGUCAUGUGUUUGGAGCCUUUUGGUACUUCUAUUCAAUUUAUCGUGAAACAGCUUGCUGGCACCAUGCCUGUAAAAAUCAUCAUAAAGAUUGUAUGACUGGUCCUUUCGACUGUAGUCUUGGCACUCAUCCCAUUAAGAAUUUGACAAAACUUAAUCAGUACUGUCCAGUUGAUCCGCCAAAUCCAGAAAUCUUCAAUUUUGGAAUAUUUUCUGAAGCCAUUGAAUCUCGUAUAGUCUGCAAAACUGAUUUUCCCAAAAAAUUCUUUCGCAGUUUUUGGUGGGGUUUAAGAAAUUUGAGUUCUUUAGGUCAAAACCUUGACACAACUAGCACUGUACAAGAAAACAUAUUCGCAAUGAUCAUUUCGGUCUUGGGUUUACUUUUAUUUAUAUAUCUUAUUGGAAAUCUACAGACAUACAUGCAGUUGGAAACCACAAAAUCAGUGGAGGCAAGAAGAAAGCUAAGUAUGAAGCAAACAGAAAUAGAUUAUUUUCUAUCAAACCAUAAACAUAUUCCAAAGUUCAAGAAGAAAGUCAUCAAGGGAUAUCUAAGUGGAAUAAUUAGAGAAGACAAAGAUUUAGAUAUCAAACACCUGUUUUCUCUACUAGAAGAGCAUGUUGAUCACAAUAAUGAGACAUUUGCAGCUUGGGUAACCAAAAUGAUGGACAUGAAAAAAUAUGAGAGGAACGCCAGUGAACAAAUGGCAUAUUUGUGGAUGUCAAAAAAUGAAAUUCCUGGAGAUAUAAAGGUAAAGAUUAAGAAAUACAUACAAUUGAGAUUGCAAGAUGAAAAAGGUGUGGAUAUCAACCACAUUUUGCAUAUUCUUCCUCCAUCACAUGGAAUGCUUAUUAAGAAACACAUGUGUCUCCCUUUGUUACAAAAAGUUCCACUAUUUCAAAACAAGGACGAAGUUGUUUACGACACAAUAUGCAAUUAUUUGAAGCCAGUCACAUAUUCAGAGAACAGUUAUAUCAUUCGAAAAGGAGAGCCACUUGAUAUGAUGCUCUUCAUAACACAAGGUGUUGUGUGGACCUUUGGAAAUACUACUAGUCCUAUGAGUCGCCUUCAAAAAGGUGAAUUCUAUGGCAAUGAGCUCAUAGAAUGGAGAUUAAAAUCAACAUCAUAUGAUGAGUUUCCUAUCUCACUUGUUAAUGUUAAAACCCACAACAAUGUUGAAGCCCUUGCUCUUAUGGCCAUUGACUUGGAACGUGUGCUCUCCAAAUGUUGGUACAUGUUUUCUCGCACCUACUCAUCUAUGCCUGAGAGCUUGAAGCCUUUUGCAGUUUAUUUUCUACAACAAGCAAUGUUGCGUUGGGUUCAAAGGAGAAGGAAAAAAAUUAAGUCACCUCAGGCCGGAGAGAUAUCAGUAAACAUGCAUUGAGAUAAAGUUAGUAUAUAGUGUGCCUACAACUUUGAUGAUAGUUUGUAACUUUUCUGUUUUUAUGCUAUUCAAUCAGCUUAUAGUAAUACUUGUACUAAUGUUUGGUUUGGUUGCUCUUUGUCAAUUGUUUGUAACUGAAGUUUUAAUGAAGAAAGUAAAUUGAUAUUGCAGAGAAAAAAUGAUAACCAACAGAGCUUG